AUGGAGCAGACGCGCGGGGCGCCGCAGGGCACAGAGCCGCCGGAGCCGCGCUCGCUCGCUCGCUCGCCGCCCGAGCCGCCCCAGCCACCCGCUCGCGUCGCAGCCCGCUGGGCCGGAGAGGAGCCGCCCGCGUCCGCGUCCGCGGCGCUCGGCCAUCCCUGGAAACUCCGCUCGGCCCGCGCUCAGCCCGGCACCGCGCCCCCGGGUACCAUGGUCUGCCAGGCUCUCGUCGCUUUGUGCAUUCUCACCGCAGGUUUGAGGGUAGAGAGUGUGCCGACAUCACCACCACUGCCUGUUUCUCUUGCGGCAAAAAUUACCCCACCGCCUGUCACCGGGACUAGUUCUGCACACAGCACCGCUGCCGCGGCCGCCACCACCUCCCCAACCAGUGGCCCUCGCAAUGCCUCCGUUGCCCCCACUGUGGCUGCAGCCCCAACACCUGUGCAUCCCAAGAACAUUUCCACUGAGCCCAGAGGAGAGGCCGUCCCCAGCACAGCUUCAAAGUGGGAAGGCACCAACCCAGAGCCCUCACCUCCUGGGCUCACCUCGACAAGUGGGGGCGCCCAUUUAACACCCAUGCCAGAGGCACACAGCCCGGGCAGUCCAGAAGCAAGCCUGCCAGUCACUGGGACGCUGGCCCCCACGCUUUCAUCCUCUCCAGCUCCAUCCUCACUAUCCUCAUCCCUGCCAACCUCCCUGCCGGAUGUUCCUUCUCCCACUGUCACCUCUGAACGUGGCUCCAGUGUAACCAGCAUCUUGGCCUCAGGCACUCCAACCACACCUGAGUCUGCAACAGAGGGGCACAGCUCUGGUCCCACACCCACUUCCCAUGCCACAGCAGAGCCAGUGCCCAAAGAGAAAACAACCCAGUAUGUUGAGCCAGACAUAAUGAUCUGUGACCCUGAGACCACCACAUCCUUCCUGAUCAUGCAGGAAGUGGAGCACGCGUUAAGUUCAGGCAGCAUCGCCGCCAUCACCGUGACUGUCAUCGCAGUGGUGUUACUGGUGUUUGGAAUGGCAGCGUACCUAAAGAUCAGGCAUUCCUCCUAUGGAAGGCUUUUGGAUGACCAUGACUACGGGUCCUGGGGAAACUAUAACAACCCUCUGUAUGACGACUCUUAACAAAAGAAGGUGGCCGGAGACAAGGAAGAACUGUCCUUUAUUUAUAAGUGCUUAUCCAGUAGAAUUAAUAACGAGUACCUGAUGUGCACUGAACGACAAUCUCAAGCCCUGUUUUGUUGGUAUGGUUGUUUUUGUUUUCUUUCCUCUCCUCUGGCUGCUCCAACGUCCCCUUUCUGGGACAAAAGAACCAUUGUGUCAAGGUGAGUGGAGCCUGGUUUGCAGCUGAACUGAACCAUCCUUGCACUGACGAAGAUGGACAAUACGAGGUGGAGGCUGCUGCCCAUACCACAGGAGAGCUGAGGAGGAGGGACUGUGUUACUUUGUCAAUGGUUAAUUUUAAGGGACCUUUUUGUUUGGGGUAUUUUUUAAACUUCUCUGUAGGAAAUCACAUUAAGUAUCCAUAAGGAAAAAGGAAAUAAGUCUUUGGAGAAUACCUUCCUAUAUGGAGGAAGCAGGGGUUUCUUGAUUCCUUUUUAAUCUCUGUUUGCCUGGUUGUAUCUGACAGGAAGCCUGCUUAGCUCUAAAAGCAGGACAGCUAACUCUUAGCUGCCUAAUUGAGCAAACAUAAAGAAGUGCUACGCUCUGGAGGAGGCCAGCAAGGGAGGGCAGAGUGGCCAGCUGCUGUCAGAUCUCAGCAUGCCUUCAACCUGUUCUCCACACCAGGCCCCUGAAAGCAAAUGGGAUCCCAGAUCAGUAGCUUCCAGAAAGUUACAGUUCUGAAACAGAAGGCUGGGAGGUCAGCUGGAGAAGAGAAAAGGCAGGGCAUAUAGAGUGAUAAUUCAGGGGGAGGGAAGGGAGAGAAUGCAUGCACAAAGGACCUGCAGGAGCCCAGUGGGAACCAGCUCUCAAUGCUAGGGGAGACAUCAGUGUUUGGAGGAGCCCAGAGCACCCUUCCUUGAAGCAUGCACAUAAGGCAACUCGUUUCCUGCCUUACUGUCAGUUGGAUAGUGGCUGCAAGCUGUUUUCAAAAAUAAGAAGUCCUAGUCUAUCUCGUGUUACUUAAAGAGGCAUAUCCAUAGGAAAAGUGGCACCAUGAAUAAUCUAUUUUCUUCUCCCACACAUUUACCCUACUAUUCUUCCCUUUAAUACAUGAACACUCCUGGGUAUCUGGUCUCAAAAUCCUGAGCAAUGAAUUUUGAGAAAUAACUGUUCAUCUUUUAAUGCAUCUGUUUAUUUCACUCAUUUUCAACGGGUGGUGACUUCUGCCUCCCCACCUAGGGCACCAGAAAAUGUAUUGAUAGCCACAAGUUGCUAGGUCUAUACACCGCUGGUCACCCUACCUGUGCUGAGGAUAGUCCUCCACGGUGAAGCCACAUCCAACCUGCGACAUCAAAAGCUGAGGUGGAGACAUCCUGACUGACGGCAAUCUCUCUGGGACCAGGAAAAGAAAGAUGCUCACACAACAGUAAUAGCUCUUAAUUUUUAACAAAGCAAAUCAUGUUAAAAUUGUAUCUACAAAGGGUUUAGUUUAUUGGCUAGGUUGUCUUUUGGCAUGUGUGGCUUGAGUUUCUGGAGGUCUUAAUUCCAGCUACACCCCUGUCCUUCGGUAACAAGUGAAUGAGCACGCAGUCCCUUAUGUCCCGCCUCAUACACUAGGCAUGUUAGAUUUUCUACAAUGCUAUAGAGAGCGUAAAACAACAUCAAUGUUGAUUCCCAAGAUGGAUCUUACCAUCGUGUCUCUAUUGAGGAAAACCAUACUGGUGGCACUUAUUUCUGGUGCCAGAAGCCAGGAGUUGGUCUCCUUCCCACAACCUGCCAUCCACCCUCUGGGAAGAAUUAUUCCUCAACCCCUCAAGUGCCAAAGAGGAAGAAUCCACGUGUCUUCUGCUAUGAGCAGAGCAUCAAGGAACAGACUUGCAGGAACCAAAAUAUCCCUGAAUGUGACGCAUAAAAAGCACAGAUCUCAGAAUGACCAACGUGCCCCUGUGGCCAUGCCUAGCCUAAGUUAUUGCCCUUCCUUCCCACCCCCACUCCUUCAUAGGGCUCUAGUUUAGCAAAAUGCACACCUGAUACACACAAGGCAUUCUCUAUCACACUUUCCUCCACCAGCCAAAACCAUUUUGGUGUAAGAAUGCAAAGCUCUCCAUGAAGCACCUUUGCAGAGGAGCCUAUCUGCAUGCCACUUCUGUGCUCAGUGCCAAGGCAGAGGAGCCCCCUCUUCCCAGGAACCCUGACCCGCUCCAAGCCAGGGGCAUAGCAGGAUGGCUCCCACUCCCCAGGCUUUCUGCAACAGCAUGGGAUUGGUUGUUGCUCUGAUUAACUUCCAAUUGCUUCCAGCACAGAGAGGGAUCCAAGCCUAAAACAAGCACAUCUAGAAAGGUGACGGUUUCCCAUUAAAACUCAAGAACACCCCUGUUAAUAUUUGUUAAUAUAAAACGCAUACAGAUGGGACUUUAUUUUGCCAAAUGUAUUGAUUCUGCUUUUGGCUCGGAUAAAGAUUUCAAUUUUGGCAACUUUAUUCUACAGAUUUUGCUUGACACACACAUGCACACACACAAAACAUGUGCCAACAAUUAAUGUCCUUUAUUCAGGGAGAAUCUGUUCAAGUCUACUCAAGGGAAAUGACUCCAGGAGAUCUGGGUAAGUGUGAUCUUCAUGAUUAGGACUGACCAUGAUGUUUUAGGGUGUCAGAGCAGUAGGAAGGCAAUUGGUCUCUCCUCAUUAGAUCGUAGAUGAUCAAGGGCAGUGUAGUGUUUAGUUUGGCUCUUUUCCUGUGGCUCCAGUGGAAUCCUCUACCCAUCUUGCACACUUGUGUCUUCAUUUAUAAAAUGCAUUGAUGCCUACAUAUUGGCUUCAACCCAUCCUGCCUCACAGAUGAGUUGUGAGGCACGAUGAAAUUAUGUGUACAGUGUUUUCAAUUUCCAGAGGGAAAAAAAAUACUUGUUGACAUUUCAAGUAUUACAUAGAUAUCUGAGUGAUCUCAGUUUAUUGUUUGCUGUUAUACUGGUAUGUUGUGUUCACUUAUUCUUUAAAACUAUGGUUAUGGCAUGAUCACAUCAGAUGGCUGUCACAGAGCUGAAGUCCCCUCCUGUGCACCUGACUGAUGCAGGGCUAACUAUUCCUGGGAUGACAAAGGAUAGUCACCACCUCCAGCUGCAAGGAGGGCCCAGGACACAGACCUCCCAGACUUUCUACAGAAUCCAGGAGGUUAGUGCCACAAAGAAUGGAUACCUAGGCACUAACACCAGGAGGCCACUGGCUGUCACCAUCUCCGAGGUCCUCCAGAUUCUCUUUGGAGCACAUUGUGCUUUGAUGUCAUCUGUUUUCCCUUCAUCUUGCUUGCAAAGGUGCAUGGUUCAUUACUGUGCAUCUUGGAUAUGAAUUUGCAACUGGUCCAGAUGCCAAUUUGCACGUUAAUUCACCUUCUUUGCCUUUAACCUUGUUUUCAGGGGCAAAUGAAUGUACCAUUUCAACUUUGAGCUUGAAAGUGUUAGUUGAUAUUGGUAACAGCAUUACUCAAGAGUUCAUUACCAGAUUUCUUUCUUGGAGUAAGUAAGCUGACAUCAUUGAAAUGUGGAAAUGCAUCCAACUUCUUUGAUAGUUGAUGUCAUUGUAUCAGCAUUUGUUGUCAGACAUAUUGCAUACCAAUUAUGAUUCUACCAAUUAAAGUUGUUAAAAGCUUG